GAGGUGGGACGUAGAGGCAGAUGUGUUCAGACAAGUAAGCUGGGUCGGAACUGUAUAGAGCAGUGGUUCUCAACCUCCCGAAUGCCGUGACCCCUUAAUACAGUUCUCAUGUUGUGGUGACCCCCAACCAUAACAUUUUUGUUGCGACUUCACAACUGUAAUUUUGCUGCUGUUAUGAAUCGUCACUUAAGUAUCUGAUAUGCAGGAUGUAUUUUCAUUUACUGGACCAAAUUCAGCACAAAUGCCUGAUAUGCCCAAAUUUGAAUUCUAGUGGGAUUGAAGGGGAGAUUGAUGCUAUCAUUUGGGAGUUGUCGUUGCUGAGAUUCAUAGUUCACAUACAAUCAAAGAGCAUUCUGAACUCCACCAAUGACUGAAUUGAACCAGUCUUGGCACACAGAACUCCUAUGACCAACAGUAAAUACUGGAAGGGUUUGUUAGGCAUUGACCUUGAAUUUUGGAGUUGUAGUUCACCUUUAUCCAGAGAGCACUUUGGACUCAAACAAUGAUGGAUCUGGACCAAACUUGGCAUGAAUACUCAACAUGCCCAAAUGUGAAUACUGGAGGAGGUUAGAGAAAAUAGACCUUGACAUUUGGGAGUUGUAGUUGCUGGGAUUUAUAGUUCACCUACAAUCAAAGAGCAUUCUGAACUCCAACAAUGAGAGAAUUGGGCUAAACUUCCUACACAGAACCCCCAUGACCAAUAGAAAAUACUGUGUUUUCUGAUGGUCUUUGGCGACCCCUCUGAUACCCCCUCGCGACCCCCCCAGGGGGUCCCGACCCCCAGGUUGAGAAACACUGGUAUAGAGCUUUGAUUACUAUUUUAGUAAUUAAAACAUGAUAACUAAAAUAGAAUAAUGGUGGUGUUGUUGUUGCUCCCUAUAUCCAAAUGCAGCUCACAUCGCCAAGCAUUUCCUCUAACCUACUUUUCCUUAUAGAGUUACUAUAAGGAAACAAUUAUUCUGGCUGAGGGCCAGUUUAGUAACAUGGCGCACUCUAAAAGCAGGCAAUGUUAUUUAUCUGUCCCUCCUUCUCUCUUUCAUGGCUGCUGAGAUAACAUUUACACAACUAAUAUUAAAGAGCGGAGGGCUUUUCUUUAUUUCCUGGCUAAGAUUUAAAGUGUUUAUCAAGCUCUUUAUUCCAAGUUGUUGACUAGAGCAUGAAAGGAACUCAAGAUGCCAAUCCCUUUAAUAGAUCAGUCGGUCACCAUUAAAAAAGAAAAGAAAAGAAAAGAAACCUGGGUGGCACCCAGCAACCAAGACAAGUUAAUUCUCUUUCCAGUAAACAACUGCCUGGGAAACAGUUCCUGGUAUUGCUUUCUUUUGCAAAGGUCCUGAACAAAAAUGUUCAUCACUGUGCUUCAUGGAGAACACAAAGCAGAUAUUUUUAACAUUCAUUGUCAAGUCCAGAUUCUCCUAGACGGCAUUAAACGUCGCUGUGGCUGUGAAGAUGAAGAAGAAAUAGACUUAGCAGAUGAGAGUGGCCAAGUAAAGAAUUUACUCCAAAACAAGCACCACUCUGCAGCUGAGCUUCUGGGGGAACGAGAGACUUAUGUGCUCCUUGGCAUUGCAACCAAUAAUGAAAGACCUUCUGAGGCAGGAUUUAUCCCUCUGCUGAAAGAUGAAAUCAUCAUUAACUCCAGGUUCCUAGCUAAACUCGCAACUUGGCAAGAGCAAAAGAAACCUUCUCCCAGGAUGAAAUCCAGAAGGGCUCAUAAAAAGUCAACCCUAGAUAUCCCAGCUGCUGGAGGCUUACGAAACCACUCACCCCAUGGCAGUAGAACAAGGACUCCUCUUGGAUCCCCAAAGCAAAGCAGAAAAUUUUGAUGUUUCACUGAGUGUCAACUGAUAACCAGUGCCAAAUAUCUCAUGAAUUUUUCUUCUUCUUCUUCUUCUUCUUGGUGCCAUGUUAGAGAUGCAAUUCUCGUUGUAAUCCUCAUUGGGCAGUCUUGUACACUUCGUACGUUGCAGUAUAGAUGUGCCAGUUGUGCCUCAACAUACGCAAUUAGCUAUAGAAAUGAAGGGAGCAUUUAUAUAUUUGUACGUCUCUUUUGGGACGCAUCUUUGGCUUCUUAUUUCUUAACUUUUCUUCCAGAGUUUUAAAAGACUAUAAUUAAUAAAGAUACCUAU